GAUACAUCCACCUGAUCCUGCCGGAGGGUCCCAGCUCAAAGCACAGAGAAAAAGGACCUGCUGCCUCACCACCAUGCCCACCUUAAGAUCCUACAGUGCCAUCAGUUCCUGACCCCAAAUCUGCUCAUUUUUAGAGAGCACAUUCAAUGUAUGACAGUGCUGCAAAGUCUACUGACACGAGCUGCAAUGGACCAGAAAAUCUUAUCUCUAGCAGCAGAAGAAGCACUAGACAGACUUCAGGAAUGUCUGCAAAAUCUGAAGGAAAAUGAACUUGGUGACCUUAUUAUGAGGCAGGCUGUGAAGGGAAAGGAGACUGCCAUACUGCUGAGGGGAAUCUUCAAAGGUUCCCCUUGCUCUCAGCAGAAUGGUGUUCUCAGGAGACUCCAGGUUUACAAACAUUGUAUCCGACUGGUGGAGUCGGGGGACCUGCAGUUGGACAUUGUGUCAGAGAUCAUAGGACUGCUGAUGCUGGAGGCUCGUCAAUUACCAGGCGCUGCAUUGGCUGAACUGGCCACUCUGUUUGUUGAUGUUAUUAAAGGAGGAAGCCUGUCUAAUGGGAAGUCCUUGGAGUUGUUUUCCACAGUUCUUACUGCACUGGCUACCUCUAAAGAAAGCCUGGUUUAUGGGAAAGGUGAGCUGAGUGGAGAAGAGUUUAAGAAGCAGUUGAUCAAUACCCUCUGCUCCAGCAGGUGGGAUCAUCAGUGUGUCAUUCAUCUCACCAACAUGUUCAGGGACAUCCCACUAAAUGCAGAAGAGCUGCAGUUUGUCGUGGAAAAGGUCCUGAGGAUAUUCUCCAAGUUAGACCUCCAAGAAAUUCCUCCUCUGGUUUAUCAGCUGCUGCUACUCUCUGCAAAGGGCAGUAAGAAGACUGUUUUGGAAGGAAUCAUCACUUUUUUCAACCAGUUGGAUAAAAGGCAAAAAGAAGAGCAGAGGAUUCCAGAGUCAGUGGACCUUGAAGCUGCCACGGUGCCCCUAGACCAACUCCGUCAUGUGGAAGGCACGAUCAUUCUUCAUAUUAUCUCUGUUAUCAACCUGGACCAGGGUCUCGGCAGGGAACUAAUCAAACUACUAAAGACUGAACAGCAAAGGGACCCUGGCAAGACCCUGUGUCCUUUCAGUGUGGCUCUUGUGCUCUCGGUGGCAAUAAAACACAGAUUUGAAGAGCAGGUGUUUGACUUUCUGAAAAUGUCCAUUGUGAGAAGUUGCAAGGACCUGCAGUUCCUCCAGGGCUCAAAAUUCCUACAGGAUUUGUUUCCUCAGCAGUAUGAUAUAGCGUCCAUAAUCCUGGAAGUGGUGGAAAACAGUGCUUUUGGCUGGGACCAUGUUACUCAAGGGCUGGUGGAUCUUGGUUUCACUUUAAUGGAAUCAUACGAGCCAAAAAAGGUCUUAGGAAAAGCUGCUGAAACCAGUUAUGGCCUUUCCAAGAUGCCAGCCCAGCAGGCAUGCAGGCUGGGAGCUAAUAUCCUGCUGGAAACCUUUAAGGUCCAUGAGCCAAUCAGAAGCGCAAUUCUGGAGCAGGUCUUGAAUAGAGUAAUCACAAAGGCAGCUUCUCCCAUCAACCACUUCAUAGAUUUGCUGUCUAACAUCGUUGUGUCUGCUCCACUCGUCCUUCAGAAUUCGUCCUCCAAAGUUACUGAGGCCUUUGACAAUUUGUCCUUUCUGCCUCUUGAUAUGGUGCAAGGGCUACUCAAGGCCGUACAGCCACUGCUCAAAGUCAGCAUGUCAGUGAGGGACUCCCUCAUACUUGUUCUCCGAAAAGCCAUCUUUUCCAGGCAGCUAGAUGCUCGGAAAGCUGCAGUUGCUGGCUUUUUGCUGCUGUUGAAGAAUUUUAAGGUUCUGGGCAGCUUGACUUUUUCCCAGUGCAGCCAGGCCAUCGGUGCUAGUCAGGUCCAGGCAGACAUUCACGCCUGCUACAACUCUGCAGCUAAUGAGGCCUUUUGCCUUGAAAUCCUGGGCAGCCUGAGGCGAUGCUUGAGUCAGCAGGCAGAUGUCCGACUUAUGCUAUACGAGGGUUUUUAUGAUGUUCUCCGCAGGAACUCUCAGCUGAGUAACUCCAUAAUGGAAACACUGCAGUCUCAGAUAAAGCGAUACUAUGAGCCUGAACCAGACCUGCUUCCCCCACUGAAACUUGAGGGAUGUAUCGUGGCUCAAGGAGACCAAAUAUUUCUGCAGGAACCACUGGCCCAUCUGCUCAGCUGUAUUCAGCACUGCCUAGCCUGGUACAAAAGCACCAUGCAGCUGCACCACGAAGCUGAGGAAGAAGAAGAUGAGGAUGGCGACUAUGUGGGAUUCCAACAAGACCUUGAAGAGAUGCUGGACUCUAUCACACGGCGAAUGAUCAAGAGUGAACUGGAGGACUUUGAACUGGAUAAAUCAGCAGACUUUUCUCUGUUUUCUGGCGUCGGAGUGAAGAACAAUAUCUAUGCCAUUUUGGUAAUGGGAGUUUGUGAGGUCCUGAUUGAGUAUAACUUUAACACAGGGAAUUUCAGCAAGAACAAGUUUGAGGAUGUUCUAGGCCUGUUUAAGUGUUACAGCAAACUCUCCGAGAUCCUGAAGGAAAAAGCUGGGAAGAACAAGUUAUCCUUGGCCAAUAAAACAGCCCGAAGCUUCCUUUCUAUGAGCUUCAUAUCCACUCUGCUCACAGCUUUGUUCAGGGAUAGUGCCCAAAGCCAUGAGGAGAGCUUGGCUGUUCUGCGCUCCAGCAGUGAAUUCAUGCGUUACGCUGUCAGUGUAGCACUGCAGAAGGUGCAACAGCUGGAGGAGACGGGUCAAACAGAUGGACCUGAUGGCCAGAAUCCAGAGAAGAUGUUCCAAACCCUCUGCAAAAUUACUCGGGUCCUGUUAUGGAGAUACACUUCAAUUCCAACUGCAGUUGAAGAGUCUGGGAAGAAGAAGGGCAAGAGCAUCUCGCUGUUGUGCUUGGAGGGCUUGCUGAAGAUAUUUAACACAGUGCAACAGCUCUACAAGUCCAAGAUCCCACAGUUUCUACGGGCAUUGGAUAUUGCUAAUGAUGAUGCAGAGGAAGAGGACGAUAUUAACGUCACCGAGAAAGCUGCCUUUCAGAUCCGACAGUUUCAGAGGUCUCUGGUGAACCAGCUCAGCAGUGCUGGCGAUGACUUCAACAGCAAGGAAGCCCUAUCACUUGUGACCAUUAUCUCCACUUUGUCCAAGCUACUGGAGCCUUCCUCUCCACAGUUCAUACAGCUGUUCUCUUGGACAGUCAAGAUUUGCAAGGAAAACAGUCUGGAGGAUGCCCCUUGCUGUAAGGGUUUGCUGACCCUGCUCUUCAAUCUCCACGUUCUCUACAAGAGCCCUGUUGGCCUGCUGCGUGAGCUCGCCCAGGAUAUCCAUGCUCACCUUGGAGACAUAGAUCAGGAUAUGGAAGUGGAGAAUCCAUCACAUUUUGCUAUCGUGAACAUCAAGACAGCAGCCCCUACAGCCUGUCUGCUGGUCCUGGCUCAAGCAGAGAAGGUCCUUGAAGAGGUGGAUUGGCUGAUCAAAAAGCUUAAGAACCACUUGGUAUUGGAGAUACCAGAAGACUCCUCUCAGGCAUCAAGCCAGAUCCAGUCUCUGGAAAAGGCUAUAAUCCUGCAACUGGGAACACUGCUGACGGCUUACCAUGAGUUGGUGCAAACAGCCCUUCCUGCUGGGAGCUGCGUGGACACUCUUCUGAGAAGCCUGAGCAAGACUUACACUAUUCUCACCUCCCUCAUCAAACACUAUCUCCAAGUUUGCCGUAGUGGCCUGGGCACAAUUUCAGGGAGGCUGGAAAAGCUGGUGAAGCUCUCCGGUUCCCAUUUGACUCCACAGUGUUACGCCUUCAUCACGUAUGUACAGAACAUCCACAGUGAAAGCCUGAGCUUUGCAGGGGAGAAGAAAAAGAAGAGAGAGGAUGAAACUGCUGCAGUUGCUACAGUCAUGGCCAAGGUGCUUCGGGAGACUAAGCCAAUCCCAAACCUGAUUUUUGCUAUAGAGCAGUAUGAGAAAUUUCUUAUCCAUCUCUCCAAAAAGUCAAAGGUGAACUUGAUGCAGUACAUGAAGCUGAGCACCUCCCGGGACUUCCGCAUCAAUGCAUCCACACUAGAGAGUGCGCUGCAGGAGAAGAACACUGAAGAUGCUGAAAAUGAACCAGACAAUGACCAGACAGUUGCAGCAGAACAGCCAGCUGAGAGCCAGGAACCCAAAAAGAAGAGACGACGAAAAAAAUAGAGCUCCUGCCUUCUUGUCAGAGUAACGCUCACCCAGCACAGCUUUUCUGUUGCAGACUGUCAGCAAUUCCAUGGACAACUGUACCUACAAAGAAAUUGUUCUGGCAAUGGAAAACGAGUACUCAUGAACGCUGCUUGAGCUAUGCUGGCCCAGUGAUGCACAAUCUGUGCAAGACCUUGUAUUUUACAGCUAAAAGUUCAGCCUUGGGUAGGCUGUUCGGACUCUGUUCUGGGAGCUGCCUUUGCCAUUAGAAUGUGCUGCUUCAAUGGAGUCCUCUCCCUCAGCCAAGUCCCUUCUUCUUAGAGCAAGACAAGGAUUUGUCACAGAGGCUGGUUCACUACUAGGAGCCCUGUCCUUGCAAGGAUCACAAGCAUUGGCACUCCCUGCCAAUAAGUUAAACUGUUUGAGAGUCUUACAGUUUGGUUGUCUCCAGCUCUAUUUUCUUUUCUCCAGUGAGCCUUUGGUUAUUUCAAUAAGCUGAUAUAUAUCCAGAGCUUCACCUGAAAGACAGUUAAAUUAUUUCCACUUGGGCACUUUCUGAAAGCCCACAGCAUAAAAGUGAGAGACCUCUGCCAACACCAUGUUUUCCACUGUUUUGUUGCUUUAAAGGCCCUAACGCUCCUUCUGUGAAUACAAGAUCACUGCAGCUGUAGGCUGUAAAGAUAGGAAUAGAGAAUCCAACUAUGGUGGUACAGUGAAAAAAGGAGCAGUUAAUUAAUAUUCCUGAGGUUGGACUAUAGUGUUCUCUUUCUGCUGACUUUAGCUGUAAUGCACUUGGCUGCUUUGGUCCAUGGUCCUGGAGAGAAGUCAACUGAGGUUCCUACCACUAGGACUUGUUCACUUGUUGCGCCUUUCCUGAAAUGCACUUUGGCUUAAGCUUUACCAAUAAAGGUUGUUUAAAGGGG